AAACUGUCUUCCCUUGUACAUAAAAAGAGAGAGAAAUGCAGGUGAUCCCAUUCCCAUUCCCAUCCCCAGACCAACAUGUCACUCUCCUUGCAAUCUCCGCCCUUCUCAGCUCUCUUCUCCUCUUCGUUUCUCCAGGGGAGGUUGAGCUUCUCGGCUGCUAAUCUGGAGCGGCUCAAGUUUCAGAGAUCGUUUCCGCGAAUUCGAGCUUCCUCGUCCUCACUCGACUCUGGUCCAAUCACUGAAUUGGAUACGGUGUCGAGCUUCAGCGAGAUUGUUCCCGACACCGUCAUUUUCGAUGAUUUCGAGAGGUUUCCUCCAACAGCGGCCACUGUUAGCUCAGCGCUCCUUUUGGGUAUAUGUAGCCUUCCUGAUACCAUAUUUAGAAAUGCUAUUGAAAUGGCUUUGGCGGAUUCGGGAUGUUAUGGGCUAGAAAACUCUGAUUUGAGAUUGUCAUGUUUCUUUAAUAAGGCUAUGGUGAAUGUUGGUGGUGACUUGGCAAAACUAGUUCCUGGUCGAGUUUCAACAGAAGUGGAUGCACGUCUUGCUUAUGACACACAUGGCAUUAUCAGGAAGGUGCAUGACUUGUUGAAAUUGUAUGAUGAAAUUAAUGUACCUCCUGAGCGUUUGCUGUUUAAAAUUCCUUCAACUUGGCAAGGAAUAGAGGCCUCAAGAUUGCUGGAAUCUGAAGGCAUACAGACACAUUUGACUUUUGUAUACAGCUUUCCUCAAGCUGCAGCUGCAGCCCAAGCUGGUGCUUCUGUUAUUCAGAUUUUUGUGGGCCGUAUAAGGGAUUGGGCACGCAACCAUUCUGGUGACCCUGAGAUUGAAGCUGCUAUCAAAAGAGGAGAGGAUCCAGGGUUGGCUUUGGUGACAAAGGCUUAUAAUUAUAUUCACAAAAAUGGAUAUAAAUCAAAGUUGAUGGCUGCAGCAGUUCGGAACAAGCAAGAUUUGUUUAGUCUUCUAGGGGUUGACUACAUCAUUGCACCAUUGAAGGUAUUGCAAUCUCUCAAAGAGUCGGUUACUGCUCCUGAUGAGAAGUACUCCUUUGUUAGGAGACUCUCUCCACAGUCUGCUGCGACCUACAGUUUCAGCAAAGAAGAGCUUGUGAAGUGGGACCAAUUAAGCGUUGCAUCAGCUAUGGGACCAGCAGCUGUGGAGCUUCUGGGGGCUGGACUGGAAGGUUAUGUUAAUCAAGCCAAGCGAGUGGAAGAGUUAUUUGGGAAGAUUUGGCCUCCCCCAAAUGUUUGAGGUGUUCCCAUCCUUUCCCAUUACUGAAUAAAAAUUGUGAAUUUUAAGCGGUGUCUUUCCUCCUUUUUCCGAAGUUUCCUUUGACCUUGUAAUCAUCGGUGUAUCUUUGGUAAUACUUGUUUCCAGCAAAGCUAUUAAAUCCAGUCAUCAAUAUUCCCUGUUAA